AUGCACUCUCUCCCCCUCUCUCUCCAGGGAGAGAUCGCAGACCUCCCUCGUUUCUGCCUCUUCUACAUCUCCUUUGGGCUGGAGUUGAUCGCCCUCGUCCUGUCCGCCUUCGCAGAUGUCCCCCGGGAAGCAGAGGACCUGGUCAAAAAGGUACCUAUCUACGUGCUGAGCAGUUGUCAGAUAUUAUUGUCAAUUGUUUUUCAUUGUUCACAUAUACUGAUUAAUCAGGUAGCUAUUUUGGAAAAGAGCAUCUCAACAACCUAUAGUGGUCCUCUGUAGCUCAAUUGGUAGAGCAUGGCGCUUGUAACGCCAGGGUAGUGGGUUCGAUCCCCGGGACCACCCAUACGUAAAAAUGUAUGCGCACAUGACUUGUAAGUCGCUUUGGAUAAAAGCGUCUGCUAAAUGGCAUAUUAUUAUUAUAAAGGUAUUCUAAAGAUAUUGUUUUACAUAAGAAGUUGAUAAUUCUGUUUUGUUGUGUGUGUUUUAGAACCCAGAGGUUGGAGCCGCAUUUCUCAGCAGAAUCACUUUCAACUGGUUCAACAGGUAUAGUAGCUUAUUCUCCUCACUGUCUUCAAAACAUGGCUCUCAGUCUGUAAGUUUGGCUCACAAGAGAUUGGGUCUGGAUGUAGAUCUGGAUCUCAAGGGUUCUGGUCUUGGUCUGGGUCUUUAAGGAUCUGGUUUUGACUCUUUCUCUCUUUAACGCUCUCUCCCUCCCUACCUCCUUCAGCAUGGUGCUAAAUGGUUUCAAGCGCCCUCUGGUCCAGGAGGACAUGUGGGAGCUAAGUGAGGCAGAGAGUACCCUCCAGAUCAGCCAGCGCUUCCAGCAGACCAUGCAGACAGAGCUGAAAGCAGCCAGGACCAGGCUUCAGACGAAAAUUAGGAAGAGAGGGGAGAAGGCAAGCAAAGGUCUGGGAGAGGGCCUCCAAAACGGGCAUCAGAACAGCCUGGGGAAGGGGGUCAGCCAGGAUGUGCUGAUGAUGGUGAGAGCAACCCACACUCGUACAAAGAAGCACAAAGAUGCACACAUGCGUGUGCGCGUGCGCACACACACAAACACACACAAAAUAAAUAACACACAAAAAAACACAAAAAACACACAGAAAGGUUUAUUAUUUAAAUGUAUUUUGUUUUGUCUCCCACACAGUCAGUCACUUUCUAUUUGACUAAUAUUGUGCAAGGUGAGCAGUAUCAGUACAAAAUAAAUGUUUUCACCCAAACACUCAAGCUUUAUGAAAAAUGAUCAGCUGUUAUGCUUACAAAAAGGAGAACAUUUCUAUGGGCUCCAUGGACUCAAACUACCAUGGUAGAAAUAUAUCUUACCUUAGACCUAUUUCAUUACGUAAGAUGGUGUGUAUAUGUUAAUUUCAAUAAAUGUUCUCUAUAUUCAUAUUUUAUACCACAUAAAUUGAUUUAUUUUCACUUCUUUCCAGCUCUGAAUCGGGUUGGCACGUUCAUUGUAUAAUCAUGUAACCGACAAUUAUGGACCACGACCUUGAUUUUUUUAAAUGUAAAAAAGGUUGUCAUAACUGUUUUAAUAGACUGAGUUACCUGAAUAUCUCAACUUUCUCUGAAAUAGUUUUGAUUCAUCUAUUUCCCUGUACUAGGAGGAAAAGGGGGAUAAAAAAGACAAGAAGAAGGAGAAGAAGAAGAAGAAAGAAGAAGAGAAGGAGGACUACCCCGAGUCGUGGCUCAUCCCCACCAUCGCCACCACUUUUAAAGGGGUCCUGUGGGAAUCAGCUUUCUUCAAGCUCCUAACGGACCUGCUGUCCUUUGCCAGUCCACAGAUCCUCAAGUGA